AUGUGCUUCUACAACCAGAAGAGAUUUGCAUGCGGUGACUGGAGUUGGACCAGUUUCGCCCACCGUUGCAAUUAUGAAUACCGCACUGGAGAGACAUGCGGCAUGAGACUCGUCAAUUUGACCGAGUAUGAGAAAACAAAAUGUCGGCUCUGCGACAAGAUCGAAACCAAGUAUCGUCGGCGAAGCGCCGAGGUCGAACGCUUGGAUAGAUGGAAACGUGAAGGAGGUACACUCGUGGCCUCUAUGGAUCGGUCACAAAAGCUCAUAAUGGAUCUUGAGAAAGAAAUUUGCCAAUUGCAGAGAGAGCGUGAGGACCGGAGAAAAGCACUCUCAUGA